UCAGAUCCCUCAUACGCCGUGCAUUCAUCGCGCCUCGUGGACGUGCCGUGUGUAGUGGCCAAAACCCCCAAAAGAAUCAAAAACCUCAAAUACCCCCAUACCAUAAGCAAACCCUCGCGAAUCCUUAUAAAGGACAAAGAUACGAUCGAAACGAACUCUGGUGGCGAAAAGUGAUCUAGUGUGUUGUGAACGAAAGCGAAUCAACGGAUUUUUAGUGCACCUCUUGGAUUUCCUUCAAUUUUUUUCCAAACUCAAUCCUUAAAGAUGACACCCAACAUAAUAGGCAGCACUUUCAUAUUGGCUGAGACGACCAUUGCCGAUGGCAACAACAACAAGAUGGCCGCCACACCUUCUGCUACCGCCACUGUUGCCGCUCCCACGCCCACCCAAAAGGUCUCGAAGAAACUGGAAACGGUGGCCGAAGCCAAGCAGGCUGCUGCCAAGCCCUACGAAAUGGAGAUCGUCUGGCUCAACGUGGGUCUCUUCGUCAUCCUCCACUCGAUGGCCCUCUAUGGACUUUACUUGAUCUUCGCCGAGAGUGCUUAUCUGGAGCUCUUGCCUGUUUAUGUCACCAUGUUCAUUGGCGGUUUGGGUAUCACGGCUGGAGUCCAUCGUCUGUGGUCACACAAGGCCUACAAGGCCAAGCUGUCGCUCCGCAUCUUCUUGAUGCUGUGCCAGUCGCUGGCCUUCCAGAACAGCAUCUGGGAGUGGACUCGCGAUCACCGUGUCCACCACAAGUUCACCGACACCCACGCCGAUCCCCACAACUCCCGUCGCGGUUUCUUCUUCGCCCACAUGGGAUGGCUUAUGUGCAAGAAGCACCCCGACGUCACCACCAAGGGCAAGCAGAUCUCCAUGGAGGACAUUGAGCAGGAUCCCGUUGUUAUGUUCCAGAAGAAAUACUACUUUGUCGUGAUGCCCAUCUGCUGCUUCGUUCUGCCCAUGAUCUUCCCCUACUAUGUGAUGGGUAGCUCCCUCCGGGUGUGCUUCUUCACCUGCUCCAUGCUCCGGUUCUGCUUGUCGCUCCACUUCACCUGGCUGGUGAACAGCGCCGCCCACUUCUACGGCAUGAAGCCCUACGAUGUGAACGUUAGUGCGAUGAACAACAAGCUGGUGUCCACCCUGACCAUCGGCGAGGGAUGGCACAACUACCACCACGUCUUCCCCUGGGACUACAAGGCAGCUGAGCUGGGAACCUACAGCUUCAACUGGUCCACUGCCUUCAUUGAUCUGAUGGCCAAGAUCGGACAAGCCUACGACCUGAAGUUUGUGUCCCAGGAGAUGGUCUACAAGCGGGUGCUCCGCACUGGCGAUGGCUCUCAUGUCGCCGCCUUGCUGGAUGCCAACAACAACAACGCUAUGCCAACCAGCGAGCUGGUGGCUCAUUUGAAUCACGACCUGGAGGAGCACGCCAUCUGGGGAUGGGACGACAAGGACAUCAGCGAGGAGGACCGCAAGGGAGCCAAUGUGGUGAACAAGGAGUCCGAGUGCAAACAGGACUAGAGAGUGGGGUAGAUAGAAGAGCGCCACAUCGGGUCUGCAGUAUUUAAUAAUUAUAUUAAUUGCCUAUUCUCCAUACUGCCUGCGCAUUAGAGGUGACUGUUUUUCAAGGAAACUAAAAUGAAAUGUUAAAUCCAAAACUAAUAAUGGGGGAGUCCGAUCGUGAGACCUGAUGUCGGCUAGAAACAUCUAUAUAUCAAUGGCUUCAAUUCCAAAUACAACCAAGAAAACUGAAAACUAUUCGAGAUUAGUUAAAGCAAUAUGUUCGCGAAAACAGCAACAGAGAGUUAAAAACUAAAAAUCGGCACUUAAAACACUUUCCAGCCACCCCUGUCUGGCACUUGUCGUUAAGGGACCUUCUCCCUAUCUCUAUCUCUAUAUAUAUAUAUAUAAUGAUAAAUGUAUAUUUACGCAAGAGGUUCUAGAAUUAAGCGUACCUGCUAAGAUUUACUUUAAGCAUCGACUUUUAUGUGUGUGUACAUUGUGUUAGUAAUGUAGGUCCAAAAUUGUACAUUCGAAUCCAAUCCAACUAUUGUUGAAAACUAUACAAAAAAAUUAUAUAAACCUAAAAAACAAAAACAGCUUGAAA